AUGGAGGCUUCGCGCCCCGUUCUCAGCGCCGACAGAGGUGAUUCUCCCGAAAGUUCUGUCGUCAAAAUCACUCACGACGGCGAUGUCAUGCUGGUGGUUGGCCAAAGCCAGCACAAGAUUCAGGUCUCUUCGCACUUCCUCAAACUCAUCUCCCCCUUUUUCCAAGCCAUGUUCAAUGCACCAAUGAAAGAAGGACAAGCUCUUGCUACCAGAAACGACGGUGACCCCCCGGUUGAGAUCAAUCUUCCUGAGGAUAAGGCACUGCCAAUGGCGCAACUACUGUACACCCUCUAUGGCUCAGACCCAGGCGCCAAAAACCUCCCGAUUCAUGAAGUCAAGGAUAUGGCAAUUCUCGCAGAGAAGUACGGAAUGGUUCCGCGUAUCGAAAUCUUCGCAUCCUUUUGGCUUCGUAAUGCCGCCUUGAAGGACAGCAAAGAAGUUACCCAAAAUGACUGGAACGGCUUGAUCGUGGCAUAUCUUCUCAAGGAUGACCAGGCGUUCUACAACUUAACUUACGGUAUGCAGUUUGGACAGGAAAGUCUCCUCGAGUUCGCAGACAGCUUUCCUGAAAAUUAUACUGGCUUGCGCCUCGGAUUGGCCCUUGAGGAAGUACGCAGGGCCUCAUUGGACGAUAGGAAUGGAUGGGGAGGAAAGAUGGGCCUUUGUAUGUUCUGCUUUUCUCAAGCAACUGAUUCUUUCGUUCGAAAGCGUGCGGAUUGCUCCCGUCCUGAGCGUCAUUUUCCAUGGCUUCCACAGGCAUAA